UCUCAUAUUCACACUAGUACUACUGUGCAGCUUCACAUAAACAGAACAAAAUGCUCAGCUGGCCCGACGGCAGCCGAGAGCUGUAACUUCGUGACAGUCUCGGACCUUCUUCACUAGCAUGCUCAUCUUCACUUUAUGAACGUUUAGGAACCGCCACAGCCAAACAAUGAGAGACAUCCUUAAGAGGAAGUUUGCAGAAGUGGAGGAAAAUCCCUGCUACUCCCCUCCCUCCUCCUUCUGCUCCUCCUCUUCUUCUUCUUCUGCUUCUCCAUCUUCCCUCUCCUCUCCUGCCUCCUCUGAGUGGGAGUCGGACGGGGAGGGAAGCUCCUCCGAGAACCAAGACUUCACACCUCACAGUCCUGCGUCAGCCUCCGGAUCGCCCAUUUGGCCCAUCCUGAAGAAGCCGAAGCUCUCCAAAAGGCCGAACAGCGUGCGCUUUGACCAGGUGACGGUGUUCAGCUUCCCCCGCUGCCAGGGCUUCACCAGCGUGCCCAGCAGAGGAGGUGCCACCCUGGGCAUGGUGCGCAAACACAGCGCCCUCCGAAGGUACACCGUGGACGAGCAUGCAGUGGAGCAGCGCAGCAGGCGCAGAGAGAGGCACAGAGAGAAACUAAUUCAAGAGAGGUUUGAGGCACUAAAACACCAACUGAUCAUAAGUGGAGCUGUUGACCAAAACGAGGCGGAGAAGCUGACGACGGAUCAAGUUCUGGGUGGAGACCCUGACAUCCAUGUUAGUGAGUCUGAUUUGGAGGACGGAGGCUACCUUCAGCCAUUCUCUUCCAAACAGCGACAGGCUCUCCUCCUGGCGGCGGGGGCGAAGGUCAUCGACAAGGAGGAGAAGAGGCAGCUUCACGCUCUGCGGCUCUCCAGGGAGGCCUGCGGCUGCGACUGUCGGGGCUUCUGCGAGCCGGAGACCUGCGCCUGCAGUCAGGCAGGCAUCAAGUGCCAGGUGGACCGCUUCAACUUCCCCUGCGGAUGCACCAAGGACAGCUGCGGAAACGUGCAGGGGCGCAUCGAGUUCGACGCCCGGCGCGUUCAGACUCAUUACAUCCACACGCUCAUGAGGCUGGAGCUGCAGAGGCGACUGCGUCGUGAAACGCUGGUCUCGGGGGAGCAGGCGGGUUUGACCGAGGAGCUCAGAGACUGUCCAGGACACAACGAGGUCGGUGCAGAGCAGAGCGCGCAGGAGAGCAGGUGUCCAUUCAGGUCCGGCCAGGAGGAGGACCUGCUUCCUUUCGCCAUGCCCGCCGCUCCUGCUUUCCGCUGCAUCCCGGACCAGCUGGUAGUUGAGGAGAACAGCUGCAGCAGCGACAUGUCCGAAUCCUCCCUCUCCUCCUCCGAAUGCGACGCAGGACAAUUCUUCAGCAGGACCCAGACUCUUCCGGACAGAGGAGCAGAUUUGACCCAUGACUCCGGCAAUAAGAACUUCUUCUCGUGCGCCCAAAACCGGCACAGAUGCAGCUCUGCAACCGCAGACGACGACAGACUGCAUUCGCCCGUUGCGCUCGCAGACAACAUUGACGCCAGCAGGAACUAUCUCGACGAGAAUGCCAAUCAAUCCAGAGACUUUUUCAACGAGGACUCUUUCGAGGACUUCCCUAACACCCCGUCUCCCACCGUGGGCUACUCCUUCAGCGGAUACAUGGACCUGAGCCUCUCCUCUGACUCCGACCUGGAGUUCUUCCACAGGGACUAUCCCUCCGGACCGCUGCACAGCUCCUUCAAAGAGCACAGACACUCCGACAGCUUUCAGCACUUCCAGCUGUUCAGCUCGGUGAAUUUACCACAGCAGGAGUCGAGCAUCCAGCUCCUAGAGUCUCUGAUUGGCUGAUUCAGACACUCAUCUUUCAUACCCAAUUUAAUGAAACACCCACACUAGUGCUUUAUAUAUAUAUAUACUGUAUAUAUACUGUAUAUACAGUACAGACCAAACGUUUGGACACACCUU